AUGGAGACUGGUCUCUCUCUGGCUUGGGGGGCUCGCCUCACCCACACCCUCCAGUCUCCCUGGGAGAUAGCGAGCCAGUGGGUGGGCCCCAGAGAAGUGUAUCCUGAGGAGACCCCUGAGCUGGCUGCUGUGCUCACCUCCCUCAGCAGUGCCAGGAUAGAACGGGCUGAUGUGGGCUAUAAGGGCACACAGCUCAAAGCUCUGCUGGUGCUGGACGGAGGACAGAAAGUUGUCUUUAAACCCAAACGGUACAAGAGAGACUUUGUGGUUGAAGGAGAACCUUACGCAGGUUACGACAGACACAACGCAGAGGUGGCUGCUUUUCACCUGGACAGGAUCCUCGGGUUCAGAAGAGCUCCUCUGGUGGUGGGUCGAUACAUCAACCUGCGGACUGAAAUCAAACCUGUAGCCACUGAUCAGCUGCUGAGCACUUUCCUUAUGCAGGGUAAUAACACGUGUUUCUAUGGAAAGUGUUAUUACUGUCGGGAGACGGAGCCGGCGUGUGCAGAGGGAGAAAUUAUGGAGGGGUCCUUAACCCUUUGGCUGCCGGACGUCUGGCCCCUGCAGAAACACAGGCACCCGUGGGGACGCACAUACAGAGAGGGCAAACUAGCCAGGUGGUUUCGGGAAUCCUUCUUUGGAUGAGCGAAGCAUCCUGGCCCCACUCUAUCAGUGCUGCAUGAUUCGGGUGUCCACGUGGAACAGGUUGAACUUUCUGAAAGGAGGAGUUUUAAGUUCAGCAAUGCAACAAGCUCUGGCUUUUGAUCCCAUCCAUCCAGUCCUGAUUGAAGCGCACCUCGCAGCCUUGGAUCGACGUUUGUCUGGAGUCCUAACAACUGUGAAGCAGUGCAUAGAAGCACAGGGCCCUGAUAACACUCUGAUAGAGGACAGAAUGAAUCUGCCACAUCCUUGAAUCUCAGACCUGAGGAUCAUAAACAGCUGUCUCUGGCCUCUGGUUCAGAACAUCCAGAGUAUCGACAGGAGAGACCAAAGACAAGUCUUUUGAUUGGCGYUCCAAGUUCUCAAAGAGUUGGAAAUGUAACACUGUUUGUAAAAACUUCCUCUCAGGACCGUUUACACAAGGACAGCUUUGUUUUUACUACUGGUUUCAAUGAGACUUUCACUUUGUGCCAAACCUGCACCCAGUUGUGCUCUUCCACAUCUGCAGAAGAACAAUACAGCACACAGAAAAAAAACCCUGAAAAUGAGCCUGGAUGAAAGACACUGUGCAGACAUGAUKCAGAGAAACUGAAAUCUUGCUUAAAAUAUUUGAAAAUCUAAAUUUAUUUAAACUUAGAAAGGAUUUAUCCUUUGAACUGAGACUAAACCUUUGCAGGAAACUGAUWGACUAAUUUUCCAUCUGUGUACAUAUUUAGGUAGUAAUUUAGAAUUAUGAGAUGACAGAAUAUAAAUUUGUGGAUUUUAAUAAUAAUUGAACUUGAGUAUGUGUGUGAAUGAGAAAAUGAGUGCCAUAUUUUACUGUACAGAAAGCUACUGAAGCCUCUGUGGGGGAGAAGCCCACCCAGUUCUUUAGUCCCAGUGGAGAGGAGACACAAAUAAACACACUAGAGAAUUAAA